AUGCCAGGCGACGACAAGGACCAGGCUGUGCCUGCUGGCAGAACAACUGGGGACCAAGAUCAGGAUGCCCCAGCUGUCGAGGAAAUCUCCCUGACGGACGAUACCACCACUACCGCCAGUGGCGCCGUCAAUGUCAACGACGAUGAUGCCACGACCACGACUGUCACCGCCCAAGCUCCCGCCGAGAUCAAGGCCAUACUUUCGCCCAUAGCGCCCGUCUCGCCUGCUCCGGGUAGCAUCCACAGCGGCAGCAGCGGCGCCGCCUCCGACUUUACGCCCCUCGUCACCGUUGUCGGCUUCCACCAUGCGCGCGGACCAGAGGUCGAGUCCUGGUUCGGCGUUGACGAGGGCGUCGACCCGGCUGCCGAGCACGACUGGCACCUGCUGCCCUUCAUGGCCCUCAGCGACGGAGCCCACGCCUCCGAGGAGGACUUUUCCUACUUUACCCUUUUGCGGCCCGCCACGGCCACCAAGCCCGCCUGCUCGCUCUUUGGCAUCUCGUGCACCCGCCAGCUCGACUCGGCCGCCCUCAUCAACCGCCCCGCCGACGUGACGCGCUCCACGGUCCAGAAGGCCGUCGUCGUCAUCGCCGACAGCCCGCACUUCUUUGGCGUCCUCCGCGAGAGGCUCGGCAUGGUCACGCAUGCCUGGUUCGCCCAGCGUGAGUUCACCGACGUCGAAAUUCUGCGUCGCUUCCAGGAGAGCCUCGCCGAUGAAAAGGCCCGCGGCGACCUCGCCGACACGGGUAGCAGGGAUCAGUACCUGGGCAUGAGCCUGCGGGAACUGAUCCACGAAUACAAGUGGCAGACCCUGGUGCUGCUCAAAUGCUGUCUGCUGCAGCCAAAGAUGCUAUUCUUUGGCUCGCGGUGCGACAAGCUCUGCAUGAUUCAGUUUGCCCUCAUCUCGCUGAUACCCGGUCUGAUACGAAACCUGCAAGACUGCGCUGACCCGGAGCUCAACGCCUACGAGGAGAAACUGGCCCCAUCCACCACCCUACAAAGCAGCAACCGCAGCUCAUUACUGCAAUUCAUGGGUCUGCCGCUGCAAAUAUUCGGAAAAGGCGCUAUCUUUGGACCAUAUACCCCUCUGCAGCAGCUCGACCUGCUUGCCGAUGUUGGCACUAAGUCAUAUCUCGUUGGCAGCACAAAUUCGCUGCUUCUACAGCAAAGGGACAGAUAUAGCGACAUUCUCAUCAACCUCGACGAGGGUACUGUCAAUAUUACGUCCACCUCUCUCAAGACCGCGCUGGCUUUAACUGCCGCCGACCGCAGAUGGAUAGACUUGCUGACACAGCAAAUCAACGAAACGUGGGAUGAGACCAAUCCCAGCCGCCCCAAGACGCUACAGUACGCCGGCAGCGAAGAAUACAUACGCUCCCAGUUCGAGUCAUACAUUCUCGGCCUCAUCUCCUCUGUCAAGUUUCACAACUUCCUCGCUCAACAAGGCGACGUUUCCAAGGGCACCUUUACUAGCGAGGAAGACCCCGCCGUUGACUUUGGCCUUGAAUGGAUCGCUGCCUGGCAAAAGACGGAAAACUACCGCAUCUGGGAGGCCCACACAGACGCCAACCUCUUUGCCGUCUCGGAGCCCAAGCACCCCUGCGCCGGCGGCCUGACUAUUGACGAUGUCCAGCGCCGCAUCGCAGAUCAGGUCAAGGACUUGCACCUGGACGAGCGCCUCGCUCAGGGUCGCGAGAUGCUGGGCCGCAACUUGGCUGCCGGCCGCGACAAGGCCUCCUCUAUGUUCAACAAGCUCUACAGCGACAUGGAGUACCUGCGCGAAUCCCAACGCCGGCGGGCCGACGACACCACCGCGGCGCGCGCGUCCGUGUCGUCCACAGCCACAGGCGGCAGCGGUACCACCCCGUCCCUGGCGUCCCCGACGUUUGCCGUCGACAUGACCAAGGCCCAGGCAACCAUGCAGUCCGUCGGCAACAAGGCCGGCGCCUACAUGUCGAGCUGGGCCUCGUGGGCCGGCGAGAAGCGCAAGAACAGCGCCUGGGGCACAAACUGGCGCAACAGCAAAGUGCAGCCAAAAGACGGCGGCGGCACCAACGGUUCCACGCCGACCAGCCCCAUCGAUAAGGACUACCAGAUGGUCAACGCCCCCGGAUCCUCGUCGCGCGGCACCUCGACCGACGGCGGCAGCAGCGGCAACGCCAACCGCGGCAGCAUGCGCCCGCUCACGCAGCAGAGCUUCAGCGAGAGCAUCCUCUCCCGCGCCAGCAGCUCCUUUGACAGGCCCCUGACGGGCGAGUCGUCCGUCGACAGGGGCGACGCGCUCGGCAUCACCACCGUGUCCGACGCUUCCUCGUCUCCGGAGAAGAAGAAGCCGGCCCUUGCAACGACGACGAACAGCAAGUACGACGGCUUUCAGACGGAGGAACUCGUCGGCAGCAAGACUGGGUCGCAAAAAUCGACAGAGACGCCGUCGACGCCUGUGGGGGGAAGCGCGGCAGAUGUCACCAAGACACACGUCGAGAUCGACAAGGCAGCAGCAGAGUAG